GUCAGUUAAUCGCUGCACAAUGCAGCAACCGUAUUCCUCUCUUAACGAGAAGUCGCCCUUUCUCCGCCUUCCAAUCGAGCUUCGCCGCCUAAUAUACCGCUCCAUCCUCCCCCACACGACAACCUUCGACAGCAAUGGCAACGGGGCCUGGCGCAUGCAAAAAACGCUUCCACGCAGCGACCGCGAAACCGGCAACGACAUUGUUUGGUACCGCGGCUGCACAGCUCUCCUUGCCGUGAACCGCCAAGUGCAUGAGGAAACAGCAGAUAUGCUGUACGGCGAGAAUACAUUUGUGGUGGAUGUUACGUUCGAUAAAAUUGGCUUCCGGUAUCGCUGGCGGACUGCGAAUCAGUUGACGCCCAGCCGCAUGUACGCCUUCUUGGACCACUUCUCGCAGCGCAAUCUGAUCCGGGUGAAAAACUACGUCGUGAAUGUCGAAUCGGUGGAUGACUAUACGGGUAUGAUCAAAUACAAUUGUGGGGGAAGAGGUUUAGCGGCUGGGAUACGCGGGAAGGUGCAAGAGCUGGUGGACUUGCUAGCUGUGGUCCCGACUCUGCAGAGUUUGGAGAUACAUUUGAUUGAUGGAGCGAUUAGUCGGCUGCGGUUUCCAAGCGGGAGAGUACAUAGGGUGCAGGAUGAUGCUAACUUUGCGCAGUCGCAGAUGGUACUUGAUCCGUUUAGGGCGUUGUACGGAGUGCGCAAAGCGCAGGUUACGGGUGUAAGUAAGGAAUAUACCGAGAAGCUGGAGGGGAGCAUAACUGCGCAACGUGGCGUAGCGCGUUCCUGAACUCAAUCUCGUAAAAUCUUCCAUCCUGCACCAAACGGCAGAUCGCAGUCGGGAUAAAUCAAGUGUUGUCGACACUUGCUUCUGUACAUGUUUGAUCCUUCAGCCAAACAAGGCACUGUGUGAGAACCGUGACAUGGCUCACAGGUACUUCUGAAGUGACUGCAGAAAUCCACAUAACAGUUACUAACUUUUCUAGGCAUAGUCAUAGUUAGGAUGCAGUCGCAGGCCUUAUGCUAAACGUAGC